AUGACGGACGACAUACUCACAUCGACCAUGUUCAACAUUUUCCGCUCAUCCCUCCGCAUCCUCUGCCAACUGAACGAGAUAUCCAGUUGCUUGAAUCCAUGGAUCAUCACACAAAGCUGUUCUGGGGAUGUCGCAAUCACCGCACUGGAUAUGAACCCGCUCUAUUCAACGGUUGGAUAUGCCAUAUUGGAGCCUCUUUUUACAACUCAGCUUCAGGGUGCAACCGCACCGGCAUGGAGUAUUCUGAUCGGAAUGUCGUCGUUGCACAUUACAUGGACGUUGAACGCCAUGGUCAGCUAUACCAACCUCCUUCUCAUCAUACGAUUGAAGGGAUUAGAUUCGUCGGAUGAAUCGAUCGAUCCACCUACAUUUGUAGCACGAUACCGAAGGGACAAUCCAACGAUCCAGUUUUUCACCAUGCUGAGUUUCAUCCUUCCUAUCAUUUCAGCAUCCAUAAUCAACGCCUGCCUAUUGACAUUAUACGAUAGCGUCUGUGUCGAAUCUUUGAGUCAGCAGCCCCGCAUUUAUCUAGUGGCACCCAUUGCGUUGAUUUUCUUCUUCACUUGCCGGUAUGCCGACUACGAGAUCUGCAGAAAGACGGGCCGAGGUCGACCUUCCUAUAUGGCGGUCUUGUUGCAGCUAUGCUUGUGUGGGAUUAGAUUUUGUGUGAGAGCAGCGGUCGGGCUUUUACCAUUUAUGCCUUUCCAAGAAAUGGAUCAUGCUGAGAGGGAACGAUUGUAUGGAUCUGAUCGUUAUGUGUGGACAGAGGAGGGGCGGAGGGGAAAGUUUUUUACGACUUCAUGGGCACUUGCCUUGGUCGGCGCUCCUUUGACGAUAUUUGGAUAUCUUUUGAUGACGCAGUGGCCGAAAGAGAUAGAUAGAAUUGAGCCAGUUCCUGGAAUGUCAAUCAGCGAGAAGGCAGACAACUGA